AGAAAGCGCAUUCAAUAUCGCCGCGAUUUCGCGUAGUUGUUCGUCAUGUUGCAGUGUUGGUGCUCACAAGUUACAAUGUGUGUUAACAGCAACGCAAAGAAAUCUUUAGAUUAAAACCCACAAACCUGACAGAAAAUGUCAACUGUUGCGUCGUUUUAUAUGUAAAUAGACUUUUAUCAGGUGAACCAUGGACGUGGAUAUGGAAUUGGACACAGAUUUGAUGGCGAAGUUUAGUAGUCUGGGAACGACGGAUCGCGAUGUUUUGAUUGGGGAAUUUCAAAAACUAGCCGGCAACAAUCUGAAUCCGACAGCGUGUGCAUUCUUCCUGGAUAUGAAUAACUGGAAUUUACAAGCAGCUAUUGGUUCCUACUAUGACAUUGAAAACUCCGCCCCCCAGACAAAGCUUCCAAGGAUGACCUUAAUCAAAGAUGUCACAAUAGGAGAAGGUGAAUCCAUAACACCAGAUACGGAGUUCACAAAAACGUGGCGAGUUAAAAACAAUGGUGAGGAGCCUUGGCCUCCCGGCAUAUCUCUACGUUUCACGAGUGGUCAUCAACUUGGACCUCAUGAUCACAUUUUCUUGGAGAAUCUAGAACCACAGCAAACCUUAGACAUCAGUAUACGCAUGAAGAGUCCAUCCAAAUGUGGCCUUUAUCAAGGACAAUGGCGAAUGUGCACAACAACGGGAUUCUUCUUUGGAGAAACCAUAUGGGUGAUACUUGAUGUCAGGACAGAUGGAAUGCUUGGAUUAACUCAGCAGAUGUCGUCAUUGGCAACCGAUCACACAGAUAUCCCCCACAACUCCAUGCCACUCCCCUUUGGUGGUCAUCCUAGUUCUCCUGGAAGACCCUCAGAUUCAACCACCAGCCUUCAGUUAAGACCUCCACAAUUCCAGGUCAACCAUUUUGACAGCAGUAGUCCUUCUCAGUGUAUUUCUUCUCCUGCAAUAUUCACUAGUGUACCACACCAACAUUAUACCUCGCAGCAAUAUUCUAUGGAGCAACCUUUAAGCUCUGCGUACCAGCAGAUGUCUCUCACUGAGGAUAGCCAAUCACAAGAGAGCUCAUCACCACGGCAACCCAAUGGGCUGAGCCAUCCUGGUUCUCUAUAGCAUUAUAUGUAGCCAUUAGUAUAUACGUCACUUUUGUAGCUCACAGAGCAACUUCAGCUGUUUGGUUUCUCUGGGUUUUUUUUGGGGGGGGGUUAGAUUCACAUGGCAUUAGGAUAUGGGGAUUAUGCUUGCUUAAUUGAAGGAAAACCAGUUAUAUCAAUGAGAGUUACUGAGAAUUUAAUCAACAUGAACUUCACAAAGCAUUUCACAAAAUGAGCUAUUCUCAUAUCUCUACGCUAAACGUUGUCUCAUAGGAAACACACUCAUUUAUGAAUGAAAGCAACUCAGGCUCACAAUAGAGUCAGAUAUUUGUCAGUCUGAUACUGUAUAUGCCAAAAGUGUUUGAGGUGUUUGGACAAUUAUGAUAGAUAAUUAAAUUUUGGUUUCAAAUGGACAUUAACCUUUUUUUUUACAAUGUAUACUGGAGCAUACAAACAUUUCUGUGCUUUUGGUGAACUGAAUCCUUACAUGUCCUGUAAGUUGAUCCUGGUCCAUUUGGAUGUUACAACAUUGCCCCGUUCUCCAUGUUUGACAGAACAUCUUUAGAUGUGUUUAUAUCAGAUCAAAUCCCACAGAGUUUUAUUUUUCUGCAUUCAGCACUUCUUUAUUUGCACUGAACACUCGUGCUCGUGAACUCUGCAUUCUUUGCAGGAAAUGAAAACCUUUUCUCCAUAUUUGGAUUUGUUUUUCCCAAAACAUUGUCAUAAGUUGAUGAUAUGAACAUUGAGUUAACAAUGUAACUUUUCACAGCCUUUGUGACCGAAUUUGGAAAAAAGUGAAUGCGAAAAGAUUCUUUUGAAGUUUUUAUAUCUUGAUAUAUUGAAACUGUGAUGAUAAAUUAUAACUGUGUGAUUCAAAGAUCUCCAACCUGUGAAAACUUGAGAAGUUGAUUGAUUGCUAUUGGGAUUUGUUUGUUUGGAGCACUAAGGAGAUAGUUGAAAGAAUCACAAUGAAUAAUCUGAAAUGAAUUAUCCAGAUUGAGAGGAAAUUAUUUUAUCAGUAAUGUUAAUUCUGAAAUCAUGGAGAUUUUGAAAUCUUUUUGAAAUGGUGUUAAUUGCAAUCUGCCUAAUUACCAAGGUUGGUAAGUUUGCAUGAAAUCAGCAAUUCAAUUCAACAAAGUUUAAUAGUUUGUGAUAAUUCCUGUAGCCAUUUAAGCUGCUAAUCAAAGGAGAUAAAAGUAAAAUUUCCAAUUGUAAUUAACAAUUAUGAAUGCACCUAACAUGAGAAAGAGAUGAUAGCUUGGCUUUUUCCAUGAAUAAAAUGGAUCGACUACUUUUAUUGUUUUACAUUGUAUAUUAUUGGGAUUGAUAAAAGAAUUAUGUUUAUAUCAUCAUCUAACCUGUAGAAUUUAGAAAUAAACCAAAAGGUUGCCUGAA